UGGGUACAACCGACGACCGUAGUGCUGUAAUCUCAUCUCAUUGGAUAAUACGGAGUAAUAAUCACUGGAGGAAAAAGGAAGACGCAGCACCAAAGAGGAAACAUUUACGCCAUGUGCACUUUAGAGAAACGGGGCGAUAUUUUCUAUCUUACGCUGACCGGCGCCGACGAGCACCGGCUGAACCCGUCUCUAAUCUCCUCCAUCAGCACGGCGCUAGCCGAAAUCAAGUUCCAAGCCGAUAAGGGUUCCGUUCUGGUCACAAAAGCAGAGGGCAAUUUCUUCUCAAAUGGCUUUGACUUAAAAUACGCCCAGGCUGCAGGCUCGCCGGCAGCCGCAAUGGAUCGGCUACAACACAUGGUGGACUUGUUCAAGCCAAUCGCAGCGGAUCUGAUCUCGCUCCCCAUGCCAACCAUCGCCGCCGUCACGGGACACGCCGCCGCCGCAGGACUGAUGCUGGCCAUCUGCCACGACUACGUUAUGAUGAGAUCUGACAAAGGCGUGAUGUACAUGAGCGAGCUGGACAUCGGACUCCCCUUGCCGGAGUACUUCACGGCGAUUAUCAGGUCGAAGGUGGGGUCGCACGCGGCCAGGAGAGCGUUGGUAUUGAAAGCGUCGAAGCUGAGGGCGGCGGAGGCGCUAAAACUGGGGCUGAUCGACUCGGCGCACGCCGACCCGGAGGAGACGGUGAAGGAGGCGGUGCGCACAGCGGAGUCGCUGGCGAAGAGGCGGUGGGACGGUAAGAUCUAUGCUGAGCUGCGGAGAGCGUUGCUUCCAGAGGCUUGCGGUGUGUUUGGGUUACCUAUAACAGCUGCCUUGCCUUCACGACUUUGAAUGCCUUUGCAUAAAAAGAUGCAAACAUCAAAUACAUCACACCAAACACUGGAUGAUAAUAUGAUUCUAAGAUGACGAUACUCUAGUAGAGGUAGCGAGAUAUAUGUGAGAUGGCGGUGGCGAGGGUUGGCGCAAUGGUGGAUGGCUGGAGUUGAUGGAAGUUUCGGUGUGUUAUUUAUUUUGUAAUCUUGUACGGAAGUAGUUAAUCAUGAUUAUUCACUGUAUUUGAGCUAUACAAAACACAGAGGUGGUUGCAGAUUUAUUUAGAGGAAAAGUAUAGUGAAUAUCAUGAUAAGUGUUGUAGGUUCUCUUAUUUUUAUUUUUAAAAGAUGAGAGAAUCCCUACCCUUCAACACUAAAGUUACUCUUUAUUUCCUUAAUACUUCUUCUAUUUUGAUGAACUUUGUCUAUUUAACUAUUGAGAUCGAGAAACAUUUCUUCUGUCAAGUGUCAACACAAUUACCUUUUGUUAAUGAAGGUUGAGAUCAAAUUUUC